AUGGCGGAGACUGUAGUGGACACCUGGCUGCUCAUCACCAAGCCACAGAACCGGAAUGACAUCUACAGGCCGCCCAGCAACUUCCUGAAGAUGGACAGGAGCAAUCAGCAGACCUCAGGGUUUGGGCGGGGCCGUUUCACCACCUAUGAGAUCAGGGUCAAGACAAAUCUUCCUAUCUUCAAGCUGAUGGAAUCUACUGUUAGAAGAAGAUACAGUGACUUUGAGUGGCUUCGAAGUGAACUGGAAAGAGAGAGCAAGGUUGUAGUUUCCCGCUCCCUCGGAAAGCAUUUUUUGUGGCAGCUUCCUUUUAGAGGAGACGAUGGAAUAUGUGAUGACAAUUUCAUCGAGGAAAGGAAGCAAGGGCUGGAACAGUUCAUAAACAAGGUCGCUGGUCAUCCUCUGGCCCAGAAUGAACAUUGUCUUCACAUGUUUUUACAGGAUGAAAUUAUAGAAAAAAGCUAUACACCAUCUAAAAUAAGACAUGCCUGAGUUU